UUAUUAAUCCUCUCAAGAUUAUGGCCAAUUCAUCAUUCAUCUUCAUAUGCUUCCUUCUUCUCUUUAGUGGUUCAAUAGUUGUACAUGCAAUGACAGGCACAUAUGGUAUAAAUUAUGGAAAAAUUUCAGACAACAUCCCAGCACCUGAAGAUGUCUUAAGACUUUUAAGGAUGAACAAGAUCAAGAACAUAAGAAUCUACGACGCGGAUUCUAGAGUUCUAAGAGCCUUUAGUGGUUCUGGAAUCGAAAUCUCAGUUUGUCUACCUGAUAAGUUACUAAAAGACGUUAGCCAAAAUGGGUCAAUAGCCCUCGAAUGGAUACAAGUUAACCUACAACCAUACCUCCCUGGUACCUCAAUUAGAGGUAUCGCGGUUGGAAAUGAGAUACUAGGUGGUGAUACAAGUAUAUCUGAAGCACUAGUACCCGCGGUUAGAAGUGUAUACCGCGCUCUCAGGAGGUUAGGAUUGACCAAUACCAUCGAGGUUUCAACCCCACAUUCCGAGGCAAUUUUUAGUAGUACAUAUCCUCCUUCAAAUGGUACAUUUAAAGAAAGUAUGAUGCCAUAUUUAGGCCCAUUGUUACAUUUUUUCAAUAGAGUGGGCUCACCUUUGUACAUAAAUGCAUAUCCAUUUUUAGCCUAUAAAUUUGACCCUUCUCAUAUUGAUAUAAACUAUGCUUUAUUUCAACCAAAUAAAGGGAUUGUUGAUCCUAAGACUAAGUUGCAUUAUGACAACAUGUUUGAUGCAAUGGUUGAUGCAACAUAUGUUGCAUUAGAGAAAUUAGGGUAUACGAAAAUGCAAGUUAUCGUAUCGGAGACCGGUUGGGCAUCUAAAGGAGAUGAUAAUGAACCAGGUGCGGACCCUAAGAACGCCAGGACGUAUAAUUUUAAUUUGCAUAAAAGGUUAAUGAAGAAGAAAGGUACACCUUAUAGGCCCAAAAUGAUGGCAAAAGGUUAUGUUUUUGCUUUGUUUAAUGAGAAUUUGAAGCCUGGCCCAACUUCUGAGAGAAACUUUGGAUUAUUUAAAGCUGAUGGAAGUAUUGCUUAUGAUAUUGGAUUUAAAGGACUUGUGUCUUCUGCAUCAUCAAAGGAUUUUGUACUACAAGGGCGGUUUUGGAGUUCUCAAUCUUUAAUUAUUGUGGCAUGUACUAUAAUUCUGGUUCUUUUUAUGUAAUUAUGACUUUCAAGAAAAUUAUAUUUGUGAAUUGAUCCACAUAUUCUUAGUUAUUAUUUUUAAAUAUUGGAAGAAAUUGU